UCUGAGGACCUGAGAAAUGAGCUGUCAUGUCUGAAAAAGAGUUUGGAGAAGAUCAGCCAGUGGGACAUCAAGACAUCGACUUCGUCAGGAAAGAAGCUCUUAGAGGAGAUUAACACCAGAAACAAGUCGCCUGUCCUUGAUCCUCAUAUUAAAGAUCUCCAUGAGACACACAGACAGGCUGUGUCUGAAUCCACAAGGACUGUGGAGGCUCAGGCUUCUCCUGGAGAUCCACACACCACAGCUGUGGGCUUUGAGACUCGAUACACAGAGUUGGUGGCCAUUGAACAGGACCCUAGAAACCAUAAGGAGACUGAAAAUAAACUUGUGAAGACUGGGGGGUUUCAUGAAGAGCUCAUGAAGAAAGGAGCAGCAGAGAAAUGUGAGCGAAUCUGGAUUGAGCAGCUGUUUAGAAGAAGUCCUGUAAGUGUAAAUCCAGUCAACAUCAUAGUGGUCAGUGGGAUGGCCGGAAUAGGGAAGACCACCAUGGUUCAGAAGAUCAUGUAUGACUGGGCCAGAGGCACUCAGUACCAGAGGUUUGCUUUUGUGUUCCUGUUUAAAUUCAGAGAGCUUAACCUCCUAGACAAUGAGAAUGAGACACAAAUGUCACUGACCAAACUGAUUGAAAGGCACUAUAAAUAUCUCAGUAAUGAUCCACUGAAAGACAUUCUGAAGAAUCCUGAAACUCUCCUGUUUAUAUUCGAUGGGCUGGAUGAGUACAAACACAAACUGGACUUCACCCAGAGUCAGCUCUGCUCAAACCCAGACGUUGAGGUGCCUGUCCACAUCCUGGUCACCAGUCUGGUCAGUCGGACAUUACUGAAGGGCUGUUCAGUCCUGAUAACAAGCAGACCAACAGCCCUGGAAGCCAUGGACAUGGAAAGAGUUGAUCAGUUUGUAGAGAUCCUGGGGUUCUUCCCUGAACAAAGGCUGAUGUACUGUAAGAAGUUCUUUGGUGACACUGCUCUGGCUGCUCAGGCUUUUCAGUAUGUCAAGAAGAACACCAUCCUGUACUCAAUGUGCUUCAUCCCCUCGUACUGCUGGAUGAUCUGCUCUGUGUUGAAGAGCCACUUCAUGACACCUGAAACAGCCAAAAGUGAAGCUCUGCAAGUAGGUCAGUGGCUCUGUGAGGCUCAGAAUAAGGAGUUAAUUAGAGACACCAUUGGAAAGGAUUUAAAGAUGAACUUUAGCAGCACGACUUUAUCUGCUGUGGACUGUGCUGUGCUGGCCGCUGUCAUCAGCUGCUGUGGAGAACUUAAAGAACUUAACCUGUCAGACACACCUCUGACCACCGAGUGCAUCAAGAGACUGGAGCCGGGGCUCAGCUGCUGCAGUACAGUCUGGUGAGUGAUGCGACUUUGACGAGUUUUAUCUGUCAGUAAUGGCACUUUGUGUCAGGGCACUGAGCUCCACUGUCAUAGGACCUUCUAAUAAGCCCCACCCACUCAACAGGAAGUGAGGUCAACUGCUAAUGACAUGAUAAUUAUGCCAUCUUAUUCUUGAUGAUCCUUUACAACUCGUCUGAACAAUCCAGACCUCACGCUGUCAUAUCUGUUUCAGACUCUUACAGUCAUUAAAGCCGCCUCGUGCAGACAAUGAGCCGGUACCACUGGUGUAGAUCAGCAGAUUAAAAAGAUGGAUGAAAAUUCUCAUAUUCUUACUGCAUUAGUUAGUAAUUAAUCAAUGAUGUGAAACAUUAUAUUGUGUGAAUGUGACCAUAGUGGCAGAGAAUUAAACCUAAAGUGUGAUUACGAGAGUGAGGAGGAAUGUUCACAAUUUGCAGAAUCCCAGAUGAAUCAAUGAAUCUCCAGUUCAUUUUCACCAUCAGCAGGCAGACUGUGGGCCAAAAAAAUGGAUGCUGGAGGUUUGAUUUUUCACAAUGAUGCGUUGAUUACUGAGUUUAAUUCUUUUUAUU